AUGAUUGCGAAGUCUGCUGGCUUCGUGGCGCUCGUUGCAGCCUCGAUCAUGUGGUUCACUCGUUCACGUUAUUACCUACGACCAUACCCAGACAGGCUGCGAGUUAUCCAAGAAGGAGAUAGUCUUAUCGAUAAUGGUAUUUAUGAUGAAGCACAGUGGCAUGAGAAUGGCACCAUAUGGCGGGCGCUCGAGAUGAUGAACGAGGUUCGUGCACCGUACUUUCAUCGUCAUCUCUCUAAGGGAGGUAAGAAACCUUCUAAGGGUAGAUACUUAGACGUUGGUUGUGGUGGUGGUCUAUUAACUGAAGAGAUGGCAUCAACCUACGGCUAUAAUAUCACUGGUAUUGACAUCAGUGAGGCCUCCUUACAGCAGGCACGCCAACAUGGACGUGAUAUUCCAAAUCUACACUAUCAAGUUGGAUCGGUAUAUGAUAUACCAUUCCCCGACAACUCCUUCGAUGGCGUUAUCAUAUCCGACGUCCUCGAGCAUCUUUUGGACCUUCAAGGAGCCUUGAAUGAGAUCUAUCGAGUACUGAAGCCCGGUGGUGUGCUCGUAUUCGACACCAUAUCUCGGACUGUCUGGAGUUAUACUACUGUGUGGAUGAUAACGCAGGAAAUACUGAAUAUCAUGCCUCCUAAUGCCCACGAUUGGCGACUAUUCAUCACGCCCGAUGAGCUCAAGCUCGCUCUCUCGAAUGCAGCAUUCUCCACCGAUAGUAAUGAUGGCGCGGAGUGGGCUGGCCUUGCCCUGAGGAGUCCAGUCAAAGGGGUGGUGGCCCUUCUGUGGAGUGGCUUCAGAGACCCGCUCGCGCUUUUUUCGCACGGUUUCGUUGAGGACAUGAGCGAUUUUAGCGCCCAAUACUGCGGGGUGGCGAUGAAACCGGUAUGA